ACAUGGCUUCUUAAUUGAUUUGAGGAAAGUCUUGGAGCACCUUAUGAAGGACAAUUAUAACUGGCCAUCUGUCAACCUGAUACUGGGUGAGGCUUUCUCAUCACUGCACUAUUGUCAGCUUUGAUAUAUAGUACCCUACCUCAACCAACUGCACAAUGAAUAUACUGUUAAUGAAUAUGAGUAAUAAACUCACUCAUCCUUCAUGCUUCUCUCACCCUUGCAGCUGCCAAUAUGUUUGCUAUUGCUACUCUUCUACUUGAGAGGUGUCUGGAUAAGGUGAGACAAGUCUACCCCUACUUUUCAAAUAGGAGAGGCUCAGCUAUG